UAUUAUUAUUAUUAGACCUGGCUGUCCAGCCGAACUGAGCAAUCGUUGAAGAAGAGCCUUGGUGAGCGAGAGAAGAACACAAAGACCACAGUGACUGAGCUCCAGAGAUGCUGUAGGGAUGUGGGAGAAAGUUCCACAAAUCAACUACCCAUGCAGCCCUCCACCCAUCUGGGCUUUAUGGCAGAAUGGCCCCGACGGAAGCCUCUCCUCAGUAAAGACAUAUGAAAGCCUUCAUAGAGUUUGCCAAAAAAUACAUGAAGGACUCCCAGACUAUGAGAAAAAAGACUCUCUGGUCUGGUAAGACCAAGAUUGAUCUUUUUGGCAUUAAUUCUAAGCGGUAUUUGUGGAGAAAACAAGGCACUGCUCAUCACCUGCCCAGUACAAUCCCAAAUGUGAAACUUGAUGGCAGCAUCAUGGUAUGGGGGUGUUUUUCAGGUGUAGGGACAGGACGACUGGUUGCAAUUGAAGGAAAUGUGAAUGCAGCCAAGUACAGAGAUACACUAGAAGAAAACCUCUUCCAGAGUGGUCAGGACCUCAGACUGGGCCGAAGGCUCAUCUUCCAACAAGACAAUGACCCAAAGCACACAGCUAAAAUAACAAGGAGUGGCUUGGGAACAACUCUGUGACCAUUCCUGACCUAAAUCCAAUUGAGCAUCUCUGGAGAGACUUGAAAAAUUGUUAUCUACCAACGAUCACCAUGCAACCUGACAGAACUGGAGAGGAUCUACCAGAGAGAAUGGCAGAAGAUCCCCAAAUCAAGCCUGAGUUAAUCCCUAAGACGUACACUGCUGAUGUCCCUGACCGCGCUUCAGUAAACGUCCUGCAGAGCAAGAGGAGCCUCUGCUGCCAUCAGCAUGCCGAUUCACAAAAACAACCUUGGGAACAGGAUGCCUCCAACCUGGAUGCAGUGAUGCCCUGUCUGCCGACCCCACUGAGCCAUCUGUGGGACAUUAAACUGUGAGGAAACGCAGAACUACAAGGGAAACCAUGAGCUCUGACAAACCAGAAAUGGACUUAGAUCCCCAGGGCGAGCUUGCCGACAUGAUGGCAUCCAUAAACGUAGCUCCCAACCGCUUAUCCCCUACUAACGGCUUCAGGCCGACAGCCCACAGGUCAGCCGCAGGCCACAGGGCCCGCCUCGCAGACAGGAAGAUGUCUCUGCAGGAGAGGGGGAGCCGCGUGGCCCGACAGCCAACCAUUGAGACCAAACGGGUGUCCAUCACCGACGCAGAUGACUGUCUCCAGCUAAACCAGUACAAACUGAAGAAAGAGAUUGGAAAGGGCUCAUAUGGAGUGGUGAAGCUAGCCUAUAAUGAGGAUUCUGAACAGCACUACGCGAUGAAGGUAGUGUCAAAGAAGAGGCUGAUGAAGCUGUGUGGAUUUCUGCGUCGUCUUCCUCCUCAGGGAUCAAACUGUCAGCAAAUCCCCAAAUUCAUGCAGCCGCUGGAGAGAGUGUACAGAGAGAUCGCCAUCCUUAAGAAGCUGGACCAUCCAAACGUAGUUAAACUGGUAGAGGUGCUGGAUGAUCCUGAGGAAGAUGGACUUCACAUGGCCUUCGAACUGAUGAAAGAGGGUCCGGUCUUGGAGGUGCCCACAGACAACCCUUUAACUGAGGAGCAGGCGCGCUUUUACUUCAGAGAUGUCGUCCUGGGAAUAGAGUACUUGCACUACCAUAAGAUCAUCCACCGAGACAUCAAACCCUCCAACCUGCUGCUCGGGGAUGAUGGUCAUGUUAAGAUCGCAGACUUCGGUAUCAGCAACGAGUUCGAGGGGCCGGACGCCCUCCUGUCAGGCACGGCGGGGACGCCAGCCUUUAUGGCCCCUGAGAUGAUAAAAGGGCAAGAGCAGAGCUUCAAUGGAAAGGCGUUAGACGUGUGGGCGAUGGGGAUCACACUGUACAGCUUUGUCUUUGGGGAGUGCCCAUUUUAUGAUGAUUACGUUAUUUCUCUGCACAAUAAGAUCAAGAACGAGGCUGUGGAGUUUCCAGAAAACCCUUCAAUAAGCAAUGAUUUGAGAGAUCUCAUUGAAAGAAUGCUGGAUAAAAACCCUGAAACAAGAAUCACCAUACCUGAAAUAAAGCUCCAUCCUUGGGUAACAGAAAAUGGCUCGAAUCCUCUCCCUCUGGAGGAGGAGCACUGUGCAGCGGUGGAGGUCACUGACGAGGAGGUGCAGAACAGUGUGAAACUCAUCCCCAGCCUGUCUGCCGUGAUUCUUGUGAAGGCCAUGCUGAGGAAACGUUCUUUCAGUAAUCCUUUCGAGUGUCAGGGCCGGCGGGCAGAGAGGUCCAUGUCUGCCCCUGGAGGUCUUCUUACAGGAUCUUGGGGCUUACUGGGGUCUUCGCCUCUGCCUCAUCCAUCCUUAAGGAAAAUCAGCAGAGAAGGGAGCAGAGAAGGAGAGUUGGAGGAUUUGUAUGAGGACGAAUCAUUCACAGAAAAUGGAGAUUAAAGUAACAGGAUUUGGAUUAAAGCUGCAGGAUGGCAACAUAAAA